ACGCGCACUGUUUCAGCUGUGGACCUUCUCGCCAUGGGGUCUGUCGUCGUAUCAUCGAAUGUCCACACAAUGGCCAAACACGCAUGGAACCAUGCGAUCGAUCGUGUGUAAAAAGGUACACACACAUCGACACCUACACCUACACGCUACGACUGCAGGUAUACAGCUCUGGCCGAAAAACCUACCACAGAGACACCAAAAGGCACUCAAAACACAAACACGACACAAGCGACACGAGAUAGAUAAAAGCGAGAUAAGACGAGUGCCUGCGGCUCGCCCGCUCCCUGAAUAAAAAACCCAAAACUCGCCUUUUUCCUCCCACACCCCACUCUCAUGAAAAGGACGUCGAUAGGGCCCUCUGCAGGCCCACGGCGAUAAGCGUCCCAACUGUGUACAGAAUUCUCCCCUGUACAGUGGACGUCAUCUUCACACCAUACACCCGCCACGAUGUAUCUACACAACACACAUACCCAGAGACACAUACGUGGAGUCACACAGUCGAACGCUCGGUCGAACUUACUUGAUGCUUGCAGGUAUUGCACGAGCAAUAUUUGUUGCAUCGCCUCAGACAAGUUGCCGGUGGGAGUGUCGGCUUGCGUUCGCGCCUUCUGCACAGGAGCGCCCACCUCCUCCACCAAAUGCACACGGCUGCCGAGAGUGUCCUCUCUGUCGAGGCCCGCCUCCAAGUCUCCCUCCCUCCUCUCACUGUGCUCCUUCUUUACUCGCCGCCACACACGUAGGAGACGUCUCGUGAAUCGACCGAUAUCUGGCCGCUUGUUCUUGUCUGUUGUGACUUCCCGUGUUGUGGCGGAACAAGCUCCUUUGGAGAUCGAUUCUGCGACCGCUCUUGACAUGGUGCGGUCGCUGACAAGGCCUUGCAAGCGGGUGCGUGCGUAUUGGGGGGAAUUGGGGGGAGGAUGUUCGCCAUACAGUUGAUAGUGCCUGCAUGCGGACAUGACAGAGACAGACAGACAGAUCGUUUCUUUAUGUGUGGGCUUCGUUCCGGGGUUGGUGGGUGUGGGUGUGCGUGUCGUUGACCGUGAAGCAAACGAGGCGAUUUCGGCAAGCCGCGCACACUUGGCGGUGACUUUCGCGGUGUCGGAAAGUAUCAUGCUCAUGCAUACGCCAAUGCAGAAGAAGAUUGCCACCUGCAGGCACACGACACACAGAAACAUAUGACACGUGUGUGUGUGUGUGUGUGUGUGUGGGUGUGUGUGUGUGAUGCGUGUGCACUGACUAUGACGAAGAACAGGUCCAGCUGGCCGGUCUCGCCCACUGGUGGGCGGAAAAGCAGCAGAUACAGACAGCUCAGGAAGGAUAUGCAGUACAACGUGCCCAUCGCCGUAAUAGGCAACUGUUACAUACAUACACACACACACAUACAUAUACACACAUCCAUGAGCCAACACGAGAGAACCGACAAUGCUCUCUCUGUGUGUGCCACUGACCUCCAGGAUGUGCGACGACUUGUUGAGCAUUCCGUCAAGGAAACGGUGCAUCUCAAUCAGUUGCGGCACCGAAAGGGGCGUGUCCACGUCGUCGUCCCCGGUAGUGCCAUUGCGGUGUAUGCGUCGGUCUCGUUUGAGCAUGUGAUACCUGCGAUAAUCAGGAGAAUGAUAUAAUGCAGGGUCGAGUGCAUCGUGCUGCCUGCGUGAUCCACACAUGAGGACGUUGAAAGACGAUCGGUGAAUUGUGCAUAUGAUGCCCGUCUGGGCGGCCACAGUCUGAAGGCACAUAAUGAGAUGAAUGAAGUAAGAUACACAACAGAGGGAGAAAAAGGAGAGGUGAGUGUUCUUGCCCUGGGGAUGGGAUGUCAUACCAUGCCGAUGAAUGGUUCAAAGAGCGUGGACGCGACGUCGAGGACGUACGAGUUGAUCUCGCGAAAGAUCGGCCAGGUGUGCAGACCGGGAAACGCACCCCAAUACUUCUUCUGUCUGUCCGUCGCAAAGGCAACUCGAUAUAUCACGCCCUGAAACACACACAGAUAUAUGCACACAUAUCUGCGUGUUCGUGCGUGUGUGUGCGUGUAGGCGUACGUACAAUGUAGAAGAAGUACCCCCAGAAAAGGAGCGUGAAAACCAUCGUCCACGUGAAUUUGCUCCUGACGUCCCUCGUGAGCCUAUUAAGGAGGUUCUUCUCGUCCUUGCACUCGCGGCGGAUGAAGUCCAACGCAUACAGGAAGGCGUUCCCGCGGCAGAUCUUAUUCGUCAAGCGGAAACGUACACACACGGUUCACAGAGUGUUCGUCUCUCUCUGUCUCUCUCUCUCUCUCUGCAUAUCAUGUGUGCUCGCUCGCUCACCCACUGCACCCGCAAGACGGUGUAUGCGACCGCGACGGCCAGCGCGAUUGACCAGAACAUGAAUAAGAGCAGGAGGUCCUCUCUGCCGCCGCACCACUCGGGGCUGUAGCUCCUGUCACACCACUCUGGGUCGACCGCAGAGUAGAAGAAGAUGAUCCCAUUGCAAAUCGCACCGUACCUGUGUGGACGGACCCACAGUGGACCCACCCGCCCAUGCACACACAAAGCAUGUAUGUUGGUCCCGUCCGUGCCCUCCCUGAGUGUGGGUGCGGUGCGUGGUGCGUACCAGAGAACGAUGUGAAUGAUAAUCGGCCAUAUUUGUCGCACGAGGCGGCUGUCGGAAGAGGAGGGGCUCAGCCCGGCCACACGCACCCACCAGGUCUCCAAAGGCGUCCCCUGAUGCAUGAACUGCACUGUCUGCAAACAGCAAACAAACAAACACGAAAGAAAGAGGCAACACACAAAGUAACAGAUCAAAUCAGUCAGUAAUCAGUGAAUGGAACACACUAAGAAACAUUGCCGGGCGUACCCACGUGUGUGUCUGCGUACGUCUGUGUGUGUGCGUACCUCGUCCAGUUCCGGUGCGUGGCACUCGUAGUGUUUCGGAUGCAUGAAGAUCAUCGCACACCACUGCAACCAUCCCACACUGUCGCGCGACGACACCUGAGAGAUCUCGGGCUUCAGCAUCGUGCUUGUGGCAGCCACACACAGCGGUGCCUCGUAGUUCGGCGAGGGCGCUCUGGUGCUGGCACUGCCCCUCACCCUCAACUCGCUUUCAUGCGGCUCGGGCAUUGGUUCACAUGAACUGGUGCUUAUUGCCUGCCGACCCUGCUGCCGAUGCUGCUGUGUUCCCCUGCGCCCGGCGUCGUCAUGGUCACUGGCCGAGGUACCCGGCAGCUGCAUGUCGUUGCGGAAAGCGUCGAGGGCUUGCUUCGCGCGGUGCCAAGUGUGUUGAUCGAUGCCGCCGUUGGUGUGCUGGAGGUCGGCAUAGAGGGAGAGGGAUGCGAUGUGGAUGGCCGCUGACUGCCGCAACGCAUCGGAUUGACAUUCCCUGCCGCAGGGGACGCUGCCCAAAGGCGGCCGAUCAGCUGUGUCGUCCUGCUUCUCUCUCUCCACACUCGCUAAUGUCAUCGUGUUCGCCGUGGUCUCACUGCUGCUCCUCCCGCUAGCAAGGUUGACU